AUGGCUCCCGUUCUCGCCAUCGCCUCCGUGCUUGCAGCACUUCCCGCUCUCACCAUGGGAGCUGCCAUCACUCCUCGUGGCAGUGAAAUCGUCGGAGGAACCACUGCCGCCCUCGGCGAGUUCCCCUACAUUGUCUCUCUGUCCACUGGUGGUUCGCACUUCUGCGGUGGUGUCUUGAUCGACUCCCGCACCGUUGUCACCGCUGGCCACUGCACCAUUGACCAGAGGGCCUCCUCUGUCAAGGUCCGCGCUGGAACUCUUACUUGGGCUUCCGGUGGCACCCAGGUUGGUGUUUCAUCUCUGGUCCUCCACCCCAGCUACACCGUCGACAACCAGGGUGUUCCUGAUAACGAUGUUGGUGUCUGGCACCUGUCUACCCCCAUUGCCACCAGCUCUACCAUUGGCUAUGCCACUCUGCCUGCCUCUGGCUCAGACCCCGCUGCCGGCACUACCCUUACCGUCGCUGGCUGGGGAACCACUAGCGAGAACUCCAACUCUCUCCCUUCCACCCUGAGGAAGGUCUCGGUCCCCGUUGUUGCCCGCGCCACUUGCGACAGCGACUACGAUGGAGAGGUCAGCAGCAACAUGUUCUGCGCUGCCGUUGCUGCUGGUGGCAAGGACUCCUGCUCCGGAGACUCUGGCGGCCCCAUCAUUGACCCCAGCGGAACCCUGGUCGGUGUUGUUUCUUGGGGUCAGGGAUGUGCUGAGCGUGGCUUCCCCGGUGUUUACACCCGCCUGGGCAACUAUGUCAGCUUCAUCAACAGCAACCGUGGUUAA